GUCGGUCAGUGUGUUGUUGACACUUGUGUUGCUGCAGAAAGUGAUAGACGGUAAUCUAGCAGCUGUGUGUGUAAAGAUAAAAUAGUAGAGCCCCACUCAUCGCAAGGAUUGCACUUUAGUAUAUCCAUCGGGUAAUAACACUUCACAACACAUUCUGUACGAAUGGAAUGAGAAAGAAAUAAAACAAGACCGAUAAACACGGGAGGACAAAUCUGGAGAAGAGUAGUCUGGGAGGGAGUACUGGAGAGAAUGUGAAGCACAAUGACAGAUUUUGAAGCAUAUCGGGAGUACCAGCGGAUAGAGGACUUUGAGGAAGAUUCUCCCCCUGGAGAAGAGGACCUACUAGUGCAUGUCCCUGAAGGCUUGAAAGAUUCAUGGCAUCAUAUCAAGAACCUGGAUAAUUUCUUCACAAGAAUUUAUCAUUUUCAUCAGAAGAAUGGCUUUGCCUGCAUGAUGCUGUCAGAGUUCUUCGAACUGGUGCAAUUCCUGUUCGUUGUCACCUUUACCACUUUCCUUUUCAAUUGUGUGGAGUAUGAUGUUCUAUUCGCCAACAAGGCAGUGAAUCACACCACCCACAGUGGAUCCUCCCUAGAGAGGAACAAGGUCACCCUGACUGACGCCAUCCUGCCCAGCCAGAAAUGCACUGAGAGAAUCCAAGGAAAUGGUUGGAUCAUCUUCCUUCUUAUUAUGGCUGCUAUAUUCUGGGUCUAUCGACUGAUCAAAGUGUUCUGCAAUAUCCUGAGCUACUGGGAGAUUCGCCAGUUUUAUAUCAAAGCACUGAAAAUAACCAUGGACGAGCUUUGCAACUACACUUGGCAGGAGGUCCAGGGCCGGCUGACCAACCUGCAGCGGGAGCAGCAGAUGUGUAUCCACAAGAAGGAGCUGACUGAGCUGGACAUCUACCACCGCAUCCUGCGCUUCAAGAACUACAUGGUGGCCAUGGUCAACAAGUCUCUGCUGCCCAUCCAGCUGCACCUGCCCCUGCUGGGCGAUGUGGUCUUCCUUACGCAGGGCCUCAAGUACAACUUUGAGCUCAUCUUCUUUUGGGGGCCUGGCUCCCUCUUCCAGAACAAGUGGAACCUCCACCCCAAGUACAAAAGGGCCAGCAAUCGUCUAGAGUUGGCCACCCAGCUGAACCGUGUCAUUCUGCUGGCUGGCCUGGCCAACCUGCUUCUGUGCCCCUUUAUCCUGGUCUGGCAGGUGCUCUACGCUUUCUUCAGCUACACAGAGACCAUCAAGCGGGAGCCCGGAAGCCUUGGUGCUCGUCGCUGGUCACUGUACGGCCGUCUCUACCUGCGGCAUUUCAACGAGCUGAAUCACGAGCUGCACGGGCGACUGGGACGCGGAUACAAGCCCGUCUCCAAGUACAUGAACUCCUUCACCUCACCGCUGUUCACGGUCAUCGCCAAGAACGUGGCCUUCUUCUCAGGCUCCAUUCUGGCUGUGCUGAUUGCGCUAACCGUCUACGAUGAGGAUGUGCUCACCGUCCAGCACAUCUUGACCGCAAUCACCAUGCUGGGCGUGGUCGUAACCGUCACAAGGUCUUUCAUCCCAGACGAGCACAUGGUCUGGUGUCCAGAGCAGCUCCUGCAGUGUGUGCUGGCCCACAUUCACUACAUGCCCGAUCACUGGAAGGGGAAUGCCAACAAAUCUGAGACCAGGGAUGAAAUGGCACAGCUCUUUCAGUACAAAGCGGUAUUUAUUCUGGAGGAGCUGCUCAGCCCCAUCGUCACUCCGUUUAUUUUAAUCUUCUUCUUGAGGCACAAGUCCCUGGAGAUCAUCGACUUCUUUCGCAACUUCACGGUGGAGGUGGUUGGGGUCGGGGACAUCUGUUCCUUCGCCCAGAUGGACAUCCGCAAACACGGGAACCCACAGUGGCUGUCGGAGGGACAGACUGAAGCCUCAGUGUAUCAGCAGGCAGAGAACGGCAAGACAGAGCUGUCGCUGAUGCACUUCACCAUCAAGAACCCACGCUGGCAGCCCCCCCAGGAGAGCUCCUUCUUUAUCAGUCACCUGAAGGAGAAGGUGCAUCAUGAUGCUUCCAGCGCCCCUCCUGCCCAGCACAUCCUGUCAGAGACCCCACUCUUCUCCUCACUGCUCUCCAACGAGUCCGGAACCGCGCCCGAUAACUUGCUGGCCAGCGUUAUUGCCUACCCGGUCCUCACUGCCUCAGGGCUGCCAGGAAGGGACCGGCGCUUCGUCCAGCCCAGCACCACUGCUUCAGCUGCGGCCAGUGUCCUGGCAUCUCUCUCCCCCUCCCAGCAACCCAACCGGACCCGUUCCCACAUCCUGCUGCCUUCCACCUACCCUGAGAACCCUGUGUACCGCAGCGACAGGACCGUCAUAGAGGAGAGGUACCCCAUACACAUGUCUGGAAGUGACUCCCGAUUCCGGAGUAUCAGUCGCUCUGCUCUGCUGUCAGAAUUUGCAUCGGCUGAAAUGAGCCUCCAUGCCAUCUACAUGCAUGAGGUUCACCAACAGAACUCUCCUGCUCAGCGGGUAUUUGGACAGUGGCAGACUUCAGUCCCACUAAGAGACCUCCAAAGCAACCCAGGGUUUUUGUCACAAACCAGCCAGCCUGAGAGCCUCUCUGGCCUCUCCCAGCUCCGUCUUGGGGGGUGGACAGAAGAGGCAGAAGAGGAGGAAAUUGUCAAUGAAACGCCUGCACUCUCAGGGUCUGGAGUCGGGAGUUAAAAGUGCCUUUAAACACAAGAGGUUAUACCACUUGGAUUUUGAAGAAUGGUGUGGCCUUAGAUCACCUGUGUAAACACAAUCAGUGUUCAGUAUUUCAGCCUGCUGUGUAUUGAGGGGUCAAAGGGGCUGCUCUCCUGGUCUUCCAGUUACACAAGCAGAAGCAAGAUGUCUUCCAGAAUUUUUUUUUUUUUAACUCAUUUUUUAAAACACAGACCUUGUUACAAACUUUGGGUGUAUGUCGCCCAAGCCAUAGGACUUGGCAAUAAGCAGCAACUUGUGUCUGACGUUGCAAGGUGUUGUAUUUUACAAAAUACAAAAAGUAAAAGCUAGACUUUUCUGAGGGGGGAAAAGGAGCAGCAAACUUUAAAAACUAAGAGUAAGGUAACAACAUGUUUUACAUUUUUAAUACAAUAUUAAAUCUGAUAACAUGAAGAAAAGGUGUUUACGUUAAGAAGAGCAGCGAUCACAAGUCUGUACUUCUGUUUGCUUGAAGUGACGGACUAGUCACCUUAGGAUCUGCCUAGUUCCCUUCUUGAACUUUUAAGCUAAUAUUUCUGUCAAUCUUUAUAUCACAUCUAGCAGAAAGACCUCCAUGGUUCUCAUCUGGGAUCACUAAAUCCAUAGGCCUGAUUUAUUAUUGUUUUUAUUUGUUGUUUUUUUUUUUUUUUUUUUUUUUUUUUUUUUUAUAUUAUACAACCAUUUUUUGUUUAAUUUUGUUUCAACCAAGUCCUACUAGUCAACCAAACGCUUUUUGUUUUAUUAAAGAUUUCAACAGACUCAGACAGCUGUCAUGCCACCAGAGACCUGUAAAUAUACAACCUGCUACUUUUAACACACAUUCUGUAAAAGAAAAGUAUAUUAAUACUGGCUCUUCAAUAGAAAUUAUAAUUUUGUAGAAUGUUGUUUUGUUUAAUACACACAGAAUAAUUUUACUAGCACUGUAAAGUUAUAUAGGUUUAUUAUUUUAUAUAUAUAUAUAUAUAUAUAUAUAUAUAGGUCCUGGUUGGAACAAAAAGCUGUGGACUGUUACACUGUUUUCACAGUAUGUUUUAAUACAGUACAGAGGUUAUACUUGAGCUCUCUCUAUUGUUUGUCAUAAAUUACAUGUCGAUAUUAUCUAUCCACACAGAAAUGACAGUAAAGGUGUUUCCAUACAAACUUCCUAUAAUAAUCUGACCAGCAGCAUUAAUUCUGGUUGUUUACUGUGUUGACUGGUGAGAUUGAUGUAUCAAGUUUUGGGAAUAGUUUUCAAUUCAUUUUGGAACUGUACAAUGAACCAUGGAAAUGUAACUCUUGGAGGUCUUGAGGUUGUUUUUAUUUUAGAUCAAGGGAGUCUGUUAUGAACGAAACCCUGUAAGGACAUGUGUGCGUGCGUGCGUGCGUGUGCGUGUGCGUGUGCGUGUGUGUGUGUGAAAAUAAGUCACAUUUGUGUGGCUUUUAAACAGUGUUUCUUCUCAUUUGGAAUGUUUUCAACAAGCCAAAAAAACAAAAAAAAUAUAUAUUAUGUUAGUUGUUUCACACAGAACAGUACUAAAUAAAACAUUUAAAAAAUAUAUUUUGACUGCUUAUAAAUGUCAUAGAGGUAAGUUUACUGUUGCACUGUUUAGAAACCAUACAAAAACCAUUCAACUUUCACAUUGUAUAAAAAUGGCUUAAAUUAUAAAAGUUUUUUUUUCUCGUUCUCAUCUGUUCUGUCAAUUUCUAGUCAUCCCAGUAACGCCAUUGCUUGUUGCCCCCUAGAUGCAAUGACCACUAUAGGAUUAUUGGAAAAAACAAACUGCCACCGCCUAGACCCAUUUGAGAUUUGCAUCAGUCUUACAGCACACCCAUAUGGUUACAGCUUCAAUUAGUCGUGUAAAGCAGCUCUGAUUUACUUAUACAGUUAACAUUUUCCCACUCUUGAAUGUCACUUGAAGUCUUGUCCAGCUGGGUCUGACAGAUCUAUGGCUUUUCAAGUGAACAACAACUAUGAUUGGCGUUAUUGCUUAGGUUCAACAUUCUUGUCUAGUGUGUGAUAUUCAUGAACUGUUUGGCUAAAUAUUAGAAAGCACACAAAAAAAAAAAAAAAAAAAUGUAAUACUUGG